GCGGCGAGAGCAGACCUGAAAGCUCGGAACUGCAGCGAGGUGAGGGAGGCUUGCGUGGGGAAAGGCUUCAGCUUCUCACAUGUUCCCCAUCAGGAGAUCCCAGGGGAACAUCUGCGUGUUUGUCCUCAGGGAAACACUUGCUGCACCCAAGAAAUGGAGGACAGAUUUGGUCAAGAGAGUAAGCAGGACUUUGAGAAUCUCCUCGACGAAACAAGUCAUUCUUUGAGGAGCACGUUUGUCUCCAGACAUAAAAGAUUUGAUGAAUUCUUCCUGGAGCUGCUGGAGAACACAGAGAGGUCCCUGAAUGAGAUGUUUGUGAGGACUUACGGCAAGCCUUACAUGCAGAACUCAGAGGUGUUUGAGAACCUGUUUGCUGAGCUGAAGCGCUAUUACACAGGAGGGAAUGUUAACCUGGAGGAAAUGCUGAAUGACUUUUGGUCGCGGUUGCUGGAGCGUAUGUUCAUGUUGCUCAAUUCCCAGUAUGUCAUCACUGAGGACUAUCUGGAGUGCAUCAGCAAGUACACAGACGAGCUCAAACCUUUUGGAGACGUGCCCAGGAAGCUCAAGGCUCAGAUUACCCGUGCAUUCAUCGCUGCACGGACAUUUGUCCAAGGGCUCUCUGUUGGCCGGGAAGUGGCCCAGAGGGUCUCUAAGGUAAGCAGCACUCCAGCUUGUAUACGAGGGCUGACGAAGAUGCUGUACUGCCCUUUUUGCCAGGGCAUGCCAGCAGUAAAACCUUGUAAGAAUUACUGCCUUAAUGUGAUGAAGGGGUGCCUGGCCAAUCAAGCUGAUCUGGAUCCAGAAUGGAACCAAUACAUUGAUGCCAUGCUGCUGGUAGCACAGAGGCUAGAAGGGCCUUUCAACAUUGAGUCUGUCAUGGAUCCCAUUGAUGUCAAGAUUUCCGAGGCCAUCAUGAAUAUGCAAGAUAACAGUGCCCAGGUCUCAUACAGGGUUUUUCAAGGUUGUGGUCAGCCCAAACCCGCAGGAAUCACGAGGUCUGCUCGCGGUGCUUCGGAUGUAUUCAACGCCCGUUUCAGACCUUACAGCCCGGAGGAGCGGCCUACCACUGCAGCUGGCACCAGCUUAGACAGACUGGCAGUCCUGUUUCCUACCACGAGAAAAUACCUGCUGAAACCCAAGACCUUUGGCAUAGAGCUUCAUAAUAUCAGUGAGACGGUGCUGUCAUCAGGAGAGAGACAGGAGACGUGGAGGGGGUUGAUGCUUUGUUGGGAUGUCCAUGCGGUCGACAUAAAGGAAAAGUUAAAGACGUCCAAGAAAUUUUGGUCCAACUUGCCCGAGGCAAUGUGCGUGGAGGAUAGAGUGACUGCGGGAAAUGCCAGCGAUGAAGAGUGUUGGAACGGGCACACCAAGGGCAGGUACUUUCCUGAAGUCCAAAAGGAUGGCCUUACUAACCAGGUGAACAACCCUGAGGUGGGUGUGGACAUCACACGUCCGGACACCAUCAUCCGUCAGCAGAUCAUGGCUCUUCGGGUGAUGACCAACAAGUUGAAAAAUGCCUAUAAUGGCAACGAUAUCUACUUUCAAGACUCGAGUGAUGAGGGCAGUGGCUCAGGCAGCGGCAGCGGGUGCACAGAGUGGAACAUUGUAGACAGCCUGCUCCUGCCCUCU